AUGGACAGGGUUCCUCGACCAGAACAAGAUUAUGACAGUCUUCCCUGUUGCCACUACAAACCAGUGUUUGAUAGCUCUAACAAGAAACCCAGUGGAGAAACAAGAUAUCUGGAUGAUUUCCAGCCAAGAAAAAACUUGAAAGUGGAGUUUGCCAAUGAUCGUAUAUCUGCAACCGACCAGGAAUGCAUUACAAUAAAUUCAUCGUAA